UGGAGAUGCUGUCUCGUGCCCAUGGAUGUGAUCUGGCGAAACGCGUCACACGGUAGCUGGCUCCCUGGCUGCCAGUUGGUGUCUGCCAGUGGUCGGGGAGGCAGCAGCAACCAGAGGAGGCGGGAAGACCUGCGGAACCCCCACUGCCCAUUAUUUUAUAUCUUGUGGGCAUCGCUGCGGCAACAUGGGGCAGGAUGAAAACAAGCAGCGGGGGAACUGGGCCUCCAGCAAGGACUAUUUCCUCUCCCUGGCCGGGUACGCAGUGGGCCUGGGCAACAUGUGGCGCUUCCCGUACCUCUGCUAUAGGAACGGUGGAGGUGCCUUCCUCAUCCCCUACCUGGUGAUGGUGUCUCUGGUUGGGCUGCCGCUGUUCUUCCUCGAGUCCUCGGUGGGGCAGUUCACCUCCUCCGGCCUCCUCACUCUGUACAACGUGGCACCCAUGUUCAGAGGAGUAGGAUACGCCAAGAUGCUGGUCAACUUGAUAGCCAGCGGUUACUAUGGCAUGGUGGUGGCCUAUCCACUGGUCUUCCUCGUCUAUUCCUUCUCCUCUACUGUGCCAUGGUCCUCCUGCGACAACUACUGGAACACUCCGCAAUGCUUCAUACCUGGGGAGGGGGAGGAGUCCAGGCAUAUCCUACUCGAGAAGCUCAACGCCUCCAACCUCAUGCAGGAUCUCGUCUUCCCCGCCGACGAGUUCUUCCACUUCAAGAUCCUAGGGUUGUCUAACGGAAUCCACGAGCCUGGCACCUUAGUUUGGUCUCUGGUGGUCGCCUCUGCCAUCGUGUGGGGCGUCACCUUCCUCUCCAUCUUCAAGGGCGUCAAGGUUCUCGGGAAGGUGGUGUGGUUCACGGACCUUCCGCUGCUGAUGCUGGUGGUGCUGUUCCUGAGAGGCGUCACGCUGCCCGGCGCUAUCAAUGGCAUCUACUACUACAUCGUGCCGAACUUCUCCAAGCUCAAGGAGCCCGCGGUGUGGUGUGAUGCCGCUGUGCAGGUGUUCUUCUCUCUGGGCACAGGCUGGGGUACCGUCCCCACCAUGGCUUCCUUCAACAAGUUCAGAAACAACGGUCUCCGCGACGCUAUCCUCGUGCCCUUGGUCAACAGCUUUGCCUCCAUCUUCGCCGGGUUUGUUGUGUUCUCCAUCCUGGGUUUCCUCUCGAUGGCAAUGAAUGUCUCCGUGGAAGAAGUGACGACAGCAGGACCCGCCCUGGCCUUCGUCACCUACCCCCAAGCGCUGGCCCUUCUGCCUCUGCCAUCUCUGUGGUCCGUUUUAUUCUUCCUGAUGCUCUUCUUCCUUGGCAUCGACUCUGCAUUCGUGCAGAUGGAAGCCACUGUAGUGUCUAUCAUUGACGCCUUCCCUAACCUGCGGACGGGGCGAGGGUGGGUCAGCCUCAGUGUGUGUAUCUCAAUCUUCGUCACCUCCCUCGCGUGCUGCACAGAGGGAGGGUUCUACGUGCUGCAGCUCCUCGACCGCUACUCUGUAUCCCUGAGUCUACUUACGGCUACCAUAUGUGAGCUGGCCGUGUUUAGCUACGUAUACGGCGGAGGCCGACUGAUUCGUGACUUCGAGAUGAUGUUGGGCAGGAAACUCAGCGUCUUCUGGUACUGCACUUGGAUGGUGGUAACGCCUCUCAUAUUGGUGAGCAUCUUCGGGUCGGCAGUGAGCGUGGACAGCGUAAUGAUGUACAAAGGCUACCUCUUUCCCUCCUGGACGAAUGUGGUCGGCUGGGGCACUGCUGUAAUUCCCCUGCUGGCCAUUCCCAUCUACGCCACCUACUACCUGCUCACGACGAAGGGCUCAUUCUUCCAGCGACUGUGGUCUGGAGUGAACCCGAGCCUGGUGUGGGGUCCCGCCCUGGAGAACCACAGGGAGGAGUGGAUGGACUACUGUGCCUCCAACCCCUGCUUCACCGCUACUUCCACCGAGAUUUUGACUGCCGUCCAAAACAGAGCGAAGGGGCGGACGAACUUCGCCCCAUGGAGAAUAAAGGUCCAUAAAGCCCCAUGUCUAGUCCUCCUUUUACCGUUUGUUGAAGACAUUUGAUAGUUCCAACACAAAAAGGGUGGGAUGGUGCACUUCAAAUAGACACCAUACGAGCCACACCCUACGUCACUCAAAGCUUCCGUGGAACAGAUAACAUGAAGCCGAACAAAAGGUUAAUUAACAUCCUAUGCUGCAAUUUAUGACUUCAGUAACACGACGCUCGCCAUUAUUCACAUUUGAAGAGAUCACUAGUUACAUUUCCACCCUCCAUCCCUCCAUCUUUCCUCCUGCCUCCUGCCUCUCGUCACGCCGCCCCGACAAUGCUCAAGGCAAGAUGAUCUUUCUGCCUCUGUUUCAUAUUGUGAAUCUGUAGGAGCUGCUGCUUCGUCCAAACGUCCCAUCAAGAGCAGUGCCGCUUCUCCGCACUACAGGGAUGGUCGGCUGGGUCUGCAGGGGCAAAGGCAUCUCUCUUCCUGCACGUGUUAAUGAAGGUCUUCAGGUAGUGGACGAAAUUUCAAGUACCUCUGCAUAUGAUUCAAAAUUAAACAAAUAUUUAAUUUAGAAUUAUGAGAGAUAUGAAACAUGUUUUCUUAUGUAUGAAGUGACUCAAGCUUAGGACAACGAAAAGGUAAAAAAAGAAAGGCCUCGUGGAGUUGCUUGUGUCCAAAGUAUGCAAUCAAAAGCGUUUUUCAGAAUUUGACGAGAAACUUAGAAAGGCUAAGCAGCGCAUAAACCAAGAGGGACCAAGCAAUAGUACAAGCUGGACGCCGCUUCGCACACGCGUGCAGUGGGAAAAUGAGAAAAUGAAGCUGUAAUUACGUAAAUUCAAAUCCAUUUGUCUUGUAACUUAAUAUAACGGUAAUAGUGUCUACCUCAGCCGUCUUCCUGUCGUCCUGCCGUUCCGCCUAGGUAAAAGAUUACCUGCCCAAGCUUUAUGUAAGCAACGACACUGACAUUAAUAAAAAUCGAUUCAUC